CGCGAACGCGUCGCGCCAGUAGCUCCGAUCUGAUGGAAUAAAAACGCUCCAUGCCCAGCCCGAUUUCCGGCGAUAAGAGAAAGUAGAUCGGAAACAAAGAGCAAUGCCACAGCAGGCGAAGGACAUCAACGAUAACCUCGGCAUGGAGUCGCCCAUUUACGAGAAUCUGCCCACCGCCGCCACCCCCACAAAUAUAAAAAAUCAACCGAUUCCGGAGCUGCGAAAGUAUUUUCCACGCGAGGCGAUCUACGAGAAUUUGUGUCGCGGUUGCGGUUAUGGGGUUUUCGCCGCCCAAGGACGCUACUGCCAUUUCUGUCAGUGCAUCGUGAGCGGGGGAGUGGUCAGUCCUCCCCCACCCCCGCCUCCUUCUGCCCCGCUCUCUCCAUCCGAGAGUAGUAACAUCUACGAGAACAUCUGCGAUUUGUGCCGUGGAAUUUACAGCGACAACGAAAGGUGCCAAUGUCAAAGGGCAGACACACCCACUGCCUCACCUGCUGCCACGCCCACAAACACACCCACACCGACACACACGCCCCCGGUCAAGGUCAAGUCGCGCACUCUCUUGGGCUAUUCCAAGUCCAGUGCCGCGACCUUGACCCGUCUCUUCGGCUCUCUUAAGCAGCUCAACCGCUCGUCGUCGCUGCAACGCAGGAUAUUCCCAAAGACCCCAUCCAGCAGUUCGGGCUCCGGUUCCCUGGAGAUCAUACACAACGUGGACGAGGUGUUCCGCACCCAGGAGACCUUUGACCUCCAGCGCAUUUGCGAGCUCAAGAGUCAAAUGCAGCAGCAACUUAAGAGCAGCCAGAGCGAUCAGCACAUCUACGGGCGGGUAAGAGAACCCGAGGAUAGCAAGCGAGAGCGCAAGAAGCCGCGCGUUUCUCGCAUGCGACUGCUGCAACAGGAUGAAAAAUCGGAGGAACCUUCAUCGGCGUCCUUGUACCUCAACGAGAGCAUCUGUCAGUGGAUGACAUCAUUGAGGCGGCAGGUGCAUCAAUACGAGGAGGCGGGGGCGUGGCAGCAGCCUAAGAGCGUGCCACCGCGAGAGCGGCGAACCGAAGAGGUCACGGUCACACUGCGAAGAAGCAAGGACAGGAGCCAAGAACAACAAGAGCACCCGGACGAGCAGAGCAUGGUUAAAGACUUUAAGAGAAAGCUGCAGCUAAAAAUGGAGCCUAUGGAGCCACCGGAGCCAGAGAAAGAGCUGCGACGCUGCGCCAUCACAGCGGAAUUUGUGAAUGACUAUCUGAGUGCUCUUAGCAAAGAGAAAGCAGAGCAGCAACAAGUGGCAUUAAUCAAAGAGCAAACCGCCGCCCCCACCCUGCCCCAACUCUCUCUCUUCCGCCUGAUGCAAAGUCUCGCUCUGUCGACCACUUUGCAUGUGUGUGUGCGUGGCUUCCUCAGCGCUCAUGACAAAUCGCUCUGCCAAUGGCUAAAACAACAACAACAACAAAAGCCACUACCGAUCAGCGGUUAUCGCCGUCGACGGAGAGCGCGUGACUCAGUUUGGGGCGAUUGGCGCCUGUUUCUCUUCUUUGGUGAUCGGUCGGUUUCAUUUUCGCCAGCGAUUUCAGAGAGUGACGACGUGUUGUGUGCUGCUGCGCCGUCGCGUCGCGCGAUUCGAAGUCGAAGUCUCAAGCGGAGCGUUAAGCGAGUGCGAGAGGGAGAGGAAGAGGGUGUCAGUGGGGGCGAGAGCUCCACCACCAUCAUCAGCAGCAGCAGCAGCAGCAACGAAAACAACAAUAAAAACAGAGCUUUGAUGGCAGCGCCAAAGCCAAAUGGUGAGGCAGAGCGCCCCACCAGCAACAAUAACAACUGCAGCCACAACAAUAACAACAACAAUAAUCACAAUGAUGACAAUGAAAGCGGCAACACCAACAACAACAACAACAGCAGCAGCAACACCAGUUGCAAUGUCAGCGAACAACAACAACAGCAGCAGCAAAUUACUCAGAAUUGCGUAAUAAAAGUUCGACGUCCCGCGCCAAAAGUUCCCGUUCGAAAUCCGAAUACUUCAUUAAGUAAUCCCCGCCAGUCGGAGGAGGUGGAUGUCAAGCCAAAUGGUUUGGAAAAGGAUUUAACCAAGGAAAAUUCUUUUGCUGAGGAAAAUCCGGAUCGAGAAGAGGAGGAGGAGGAGGAGGAACCCAUUUACCAAACCAUUUGGCAGUUUAAAACUCUGGAGCCCGCCGAUCAGGAGAUUAUCGAAGCUCUGCCAGCGGAGGGUGAAGAUGAUGACGAGGAGGAGGAGGAUGAAGAUGAGGACGAUGACGAAGUGGAGGACCUGGAGGACUACGACGAAUCCCUGCCAUCCGAUGCCGAUGCGGAUGUGAUGGCUCUCCAGGCAGCAGCGGUUUUCGCCGCCGGAGUUCGCCACAAACUAUCCACAUCGACGCUGACCAAGCGAUCCAAGCUGAUGCUACCGACGCCCCUGCCCUCGCCCACCGCCUCCAUGGAUCAGGGUGCCUGGGAGACGGACAUGGAGUUCAUGUACUCAAGGGAGAGCAAGGAGGAGGAGGAGACCCUCAGUUUGGGCAGCACGGUGACCAACAGCACGGCGACACUGGGUUCGAUUAGCAGCACAGGAAGCUCAAGGUUACCAGGGUUACCACCGAAGGACUCAGCUGUGGAUCAGCCACCGCCAGUGGUGACCCAAAUCGUACCGCUCGUGCAUCCGAUCCUCAGAAACAUCUGCAUCUUCUACAGCCUGAAAGAUCCGAAGAAGUACAGCGCUAUAUUCUACGAUUACCAGCGAUCGCUGGUCCACCAGCGUUUCAUGACCCGCAUUCGUCGUCCGGCCCCACCUCCUCCGCCUUCCUCCUCAAUGGUGACCCCGAUUCCACCAAUGGUGCAGCGAAACGACGACAGCGGUUGCAGUUGCGAGGCGGAGGACCAGGAGGAGCCCUCCCACCGGAGCCUUCCCAUUCCGCAACCGCUCAAGGAGGAGUGGGAGCGGGCCGUUCUCGCCGCGGGGGCGGUCGCCGGCAAAAGGGGCGUGGCACCGCGAGCGGGACGCAAGCUGCGGGUCCGCUCCAAUGCGCUAUUGCUGAACACGGAUUCCGUUUUGGCGUGGCGGGAAACGCUUAAGGAUGUCUACUGCUGCGAGGACGAAGAGGAUAUGAUUGUGCCAGUGACUGACAUUCUGCGGGCGCAGCAGAUCCAGGAGGACAAUGAGGUGCAGCAGACGCAGCAGACGACGAUUCUCCAGCGCUUCAAGAGCGUCUCCAUUGGCAACCUGCUCGAUCUUCCAGGCGAGGAUGACAAGAAGUCCAUUAAGAACCGCAUGCGGAUGAAGUUCGCCGUCAACAGCAAUGUGUUUCGCAUCAAUCGUUCGCCGAAGAGCGAAAAGAAGUCACGUGGUCGCCGUGGUCAGGUGAACAGUCUGUACAUGGAUGAGCAGAAGUAUCCAUUGUUUGCCGCACCAUUGAACACCUUGGAGCUCAACAUGACCGAUCAUCCGAAUGUUCCCCGAUUUGUGGUGGAUGUGUGUGCCUAUAUUGAGCAGUCCGAGUGCAUUGAACAGGAUGGCCUGUACAGGGCAUCCGGGAAUAAGGUGUUGGUCGAUGAGCUGCGCAAGAAGCUGACCCACCUGUACGAUCCCCGCUGGCUGCAGACGGACGACAUCCACACGCUGACCAGCCUGCACAAGCAGUUCUUCCGCGAGCUGACUGCUCCACUCAUCACCCAGGAGGCCUACGAGCGUCUGGGGAGGAGUCUCAACGACGACGCCGCCAUCGAGCGGAUGAGCCUGGCCUUCGACGACAUGCCGGAGCCGAACCGCUCCACGCUGCGCUUCCUCAUCAAGCACUUGACCAGAGUUGCCGCUGCCAGCGCUUCGAAUCGCAUGCCGUCCACCAAUUUGGCCAUCGUUUGGGGUCCUUGCCUCCUCAGCGCCAAUCAGAUUCAGUUGGACAUUGGACGCAUGAACAUGUUGGCCAAGGUGCUGAUCGAGAACUAUGAUCGCAUCUUUCACGCGGACAACGAGCGCCUCGUUUGCUAGGCAGCCGCCCCGCCCCCUUAGCUGCCACGCCCCCCUUCUCCACGCAUCACAAAUGCAGUAAACUGCAGUAGCAUCGAUCUAAGUGCCUCAACAAAACAAACAUCAACAUCACAUCUCCACCUUCUCACCCAACUACGUUUAACAUCAUAAUUUUUUUUGUGUUUUUUUGUGUCAGCUUUAAUUCCAUGUUUUCCUUCGCUAAUUUUAAUAUUUUUAUUACUUUAUUUAUUCAUUGGCAAUGGGCGUUUGCUUCGACGAACCCAUUAAGAAAAUACUUACCAAAAAGACAGUAGACUAAGUUAAUACUAAAAAGGAAAGCAAAAAGCCGCAAGAUAAACCCAAGUAUAAAACGACGAACUGCGUGGCGGUACAGUGAGCACUGCCUGCGGCCAACCCAAUAACAUGACGGUAUAUUAUUUUUUUUUACAUCAUACAUGAGAUGUGAUAUUCGCUGCAAGUUGCAAAGCGUGAAUAUAAUGUGUAUUUAUAAACAUUGAUGAACCAUAUAAUAAAUAUAAUAAAUAUACGAAUAAAGUCCAGUACAGUAGAAUAGGCUACACAUAUUUUUUUGUUUAACGAUGCUUGGAGUAUAAAAGCCAAAAAAUUGUAUAUUUUCUAUCUCAAUAAAUAUGAAGAAAAUUAA